AUGCAAGAGUCGUGCCUUUCGCUGAAGCGCAUGGCCGAAGGAUAUGGGGUGCCAGAUGUGGCCGUUCCUGGUGUCGCAUUGCCACGACCGAGUCGAGCACAUGAGGUAGAUGGCGGCCAACGACUUCUCAACCUGGUGCCAACUCCGACCUGGGAGUGCGGCACAAAGACGGCGAAGAUUUGGGAACCGGGGUACACGCUCUCGCCAGCCACCGAGAACUGGGCCCGACAUGUUCGGGAGGCAGAUCGCGAUCAGCCUGCGCUGGCCAUUGGAUUUGUCGGUGCCACUUCGGCGGGGAAGAGCUGGCUCGUCAGCAAGCUCCAGAGCGAGGGUGCAGCUCAGCCAGCUCGUUUCGAGCAGAGCUUCGCUGGAGGCGUGGACCUGCAGUCUAUGACAUCCGACAUCAACCUAUACCUGGAUCCUGUUGAUCAGAUCUACUAUGUGGACUUCGAAGGGACAUAUGGCACACUGCCCUUGCAGUACUAUGCCGCCGAUAUGGCCAAGGUGGUGCAGCGGUGUGCUGAUGUUGCGUCCUGGGAAGGAAAGCGACGCCAGGCACUCAAGGAGUCCUUCCAGCCAGCCGUUGCAUACUUGAUGUGCGACGUCGUUGUAUUCCUGACUCGGGAGAAGCUGGUUUGUCGGAGGGCCUUGGAGGAGUGCGAGCAGUUUGCGCGAGCUGCGAAUGCCAGAGUUUCCAGCGCGCUGCCUCCAGCCUUGAUCAUUGUGCAGAACUGCUGCAGGCCAAGCGAAGGAAUCUUCGAUCCGGAAAAAUGUACAGAAGCCUUUCGUCGUGCUCACUUCAGCGCAGGCCGGUGGAACUACGAUGAUCCUUUGCAGGAGGGAGCAGGUGGUCAAGUAAGCUCGGCAGCAGCACAGUGGGCUGAGUACUUCAGGAGCAUUGACUGCUUCUGCUUGCCGGACGAGUAUACGUUCUGCAAGCGAAGUGGCUUCGACGGUGAGGAAGUCUGCAAGGAAGUGCUGAUGAAGCUGAAAGCCACAAUGAAGACCCGCUUGGAAGAGGUCCAGCCUCGCCUUGAGCAGCUCAUCCUUCGUGCAGACAUUGUUAUCAUUUGUCAUGCGAAACGAUGCGAGGGCCUUCCUGCUCGCAUCGAAACCGGGGUGUCCCUGCAUCAAUUUCAAUGGUUUGCCGCCUUGUCGUCCCUUUGUGGGAUCAUCAACGAUCAGGAAACGGUUGCAAUGUCUGCGAUUUACAUCCACGCCGGUGCAACAUCCGGUGGGGUGAACGAGCUGAAAUCACUCCUGCUGCAGAUUAUGCAUCCCACGAAGCGGUCCGAUGUCGUCGACCCAAAAGACUUUCAGCUUAGGCUGGGCGUGGCGAUUGGCAUCAUUGCCCGGUUUGCUGUUCGGCAUGAUCUCGCAGAAGACGAGAUCCGUCAGGCGGCGAGCUUACCAGUGAAGACAGCAAGGGCCAAGCCACGGUGGACUGCCACGGGUGCAAAGCAGCUUGCACAGGUGGUGAAAUAUCUCUCGCUACUCUUCCCCUGUGGCGCCUUGGCCCCGCCGGAUGUUGAAAGAGCCGAUGGAAGCACCCAGCUCAGUUCGAACUUCAACAGCAGGCUGAGUGCAUUGGCUUGCUUCUGCCAGUCGACAGCAAUUUACUGCAGCGAUCCAGUUGUCGCGCUGGACACCCCAAAACUGAACGAAGGCACAGAGCCCGUUCCGUGCGGCCAGCUUUUACUUUUCCACAAGGGGCUCCAUCGUUCCAGCUGUUUGGUUAGGACAGUCGAGGCGGGUUGGCUGCAACACCUCAGCGAGUGGCUACAAGGUGGCGUCACACAUGCGUGGCCUGGGGAGUUCUGUUGCUUGGAAAGCCUCAAGGAGGUUUGGGACCACGGGGUGCUCACGGCCUCUGUGCUUGAACAGGUAGAAGAGUACAAGGUUGAGAAGUGCCUUGAGGGCGUUUCUCCAAAGGUGGGCACACCCUGGGUUUUGAAAGUCGGCUCCUGGGCUGACGACGGGGACUUUGCCCAGCGUGCUGUGCAUAUCAUUGAGAGGACCUGCUCUGAUGUUCGCCGCCAGGAUGGUGUGAAAAGAAGCUUUGACAGCGAGGCAUCGAGAUCUGAGGCUGCGAUGAACCCCUGUGCCCCGUGUGCCGGAGUGCAAGUCGGUGAAGCGCAGGCCCUCCUCCGGCGGAUUGCGCCUCCUGCCGGCUGGAGUCAAAACGGUUUUGCACCUCCCGCCAGCUGGAAUCCACCUACUCAAGACCCAAGUGCGGCCUGGAACGGCUGCCAAUAUCCGCCCCAAGCGGCCCAACCGCAACCCGCCGAGCAGCAGCCACCACCGCAGUACCAAACACAGACACAGCCACAGCCACAGAUGCAACCACCACCGAUGCAGGCACACAUGCAGCCACACAUGCAGCCCCACAUGCACCCGCAGAUGCAGCAGCAGAUGCAGCCGCACAUGCAGCCGCAGCAGUACCCACCAUAUCCUCAGCCGCAGUAUCCACCGCCCCAGCACUAUCAGCAGCCUCAGUAUCCACCGCAGUACCCUUCCUACCCACAGCAUCCGCAGCCCGGUCAGCCGGUGGCACCAGGGCCGGUGGCACCAGGACCGGUGGCCGCGUAUCCUCAAUGGCCGGGACAAGCGCCUGCAGCCGCACCGGCCCCGAACGGCGGUGGGUGGCCAUGCCAAUCUUCGCCAGGGCGCACGAUGUCCAUUGCGGAAGCAUGUCUUGAAGCUGCCAGCGGUUCUGCAGGCGAGACUGUUCAGGACACAGAUGUCAGAGUCAUUGACUAUGAUGAGCGCCCUCUUCCUUUGCACAAGUUCUGGUCCUUUGACCAAUGUGCACAGCUUUUCCCCCAGAAGCUGAUAGACGAGCUGAAGAAGUCCUUCCCCGCGCCGUCUCAGAUUCAGGCCUUCACUUGGCCAUUGGCGUUGUAUGGCAAGGAUGUAAUUGGCAUUGCAGCAACUGGCAGCGGAAAGACGCUGGCUUUCCUGCUGCCGGCUUUUAGUGACUUCCACAAGUCAGGCUUGCAACCGCAGCGAGAUGGGGUUGGACUCGUGGUAAUGUCGCCGACCCGAGAGCUUGCACAGCAGAUCGAAGUCGAGGCCAAUCGCUUCGGCAAGUGUCUUGGGAUGUGGACAGUUGCGAUGUAUGGAGGUGCGCCGAAAUGGGAUCAACUGAAGAAGUAUCAGCAGGGAGUCCACGCCAUCAUUGCAUGCCCGGGGCGCCUCAAUGAUUUCAUUGAGGGGCGACAGGUGCAGGUUAACCGAGUGCGAAAACUGGUGCUGGAUGAAGCUGACAGAAUGCUGGACAUGGGCUUCGAGCCACAAAUCCAAAAAAUUCUUCAGCACAUUCCCAGAAGUCGACACACAAUGUUCUUCACUGCAACCUGGCCACGGGAGGUCCGGCAGCUUGCUGCUACUAUGAUGGGGCAGCCAGCCAAAGUCAUGAUCGGAAACCGUGAUGAGCUGAAAGCGAAUCAGGAUGUCACUCAACAAGUUCGACUUGUUGAGAGUUCGCAAAAGAAAGCUGCUGUCCUGGAGUUGCUGCAGGAAGCAGGAUUGAUGGACAAAGGUGCCAUUGGAAAGUGCUUGAUCUUCGCGAGCACGAAGAGGAUGUGUGAGGAGCUGUCGCGGCAGCUGUACGCCUGUAAUGUAGCCUGCUCUGCGAUCCAUGGAGACAAGGACCAACGGGAACGCGACAUGGCAUUGAAUGGCCUGAAACAGGGACGUCUUCGAGCCUUGGUUGCUACGGAUGUAGCAGCUCGCGGCCUUGACAUCAAGGGAGUUGGCCUGGUGGUCAACUAUGAUGCGGCAAACAACUCGGAGGACUACAUCCACCGGAUUGGGCGGACUGGGCGAGCUGGAAAGAAAGGCUACGCCAUCACGUUGCUUUCCUCGGAGGACAGGGGCAAAGCCUCUGGCAUCAUCCAGGCUAUGGAGAGCACAAAUCAGCACAUCAGCGACGAGCUUCGGAGCUUCGCGGGGCGAGGUGGUGGCGGUGGUGGGAGGCCCUACCGAGGAGGUGGUGGAAAAGGCUCCUCCAAAGGUGGCUGCAAGUGGUGCGCCAAGGGCGAGUGCUGGACCCAUGGCGACAAGAAGUCAGGCCGCAAUCGGAGCCGCAGCCCUCGCAGACGAUAG